UAAAGCAGCAAAACCAUUCUCUCUCUCUGGAAAACCGUACGCCCACAAACGCACACACUCCUCAAAACUAAACUCCUCUCACUCACACCCACUCACUGCCUCCAACUCUUCCAAAACCGUUUUCUCAUUCAUUCUAUGAACCUCUUUCUCUCUCUCCCUUCACUUGCCUAGUCUCGUAGGGGUUAGUUACCACUCCGUUUCUUCACACUCUCUCUUUCUUGAUCCUUCCAAAUGGAAAAGAAGCAGGGUUUCUUCUCCGCUCUCAAAGACGAGGUGGUCCGCGGACUCUCCCCCUCGCGUUCUCGCUCCACCAGCCCCGCCCGAACCGUCUCCCCCAUCACGGGCCUCCUCCGCCGCAAGAAGCGCAGCCCCAGCCCAGACUCCUCCGUCGCGAGAUCCGUCAGCCUCCGCCCCCUUGGGGAGACGCUCACGCCUCUCAUGGAGGGCCCCGACCCGGACGGAACCGAAAAUGGGGAUCCGAAGCGAAUCGGGUCGGGCUUAGGACACUGGAUGAAGGGGCAGCUGUCACGUGCCCCCUCCGUGUCGUCGUACAAGAGGUCUGAUCUGAGACUCCUCCUCGGCGUCAUGGGUGCUCCUCUCGCCCCCGUUCACGUCUCCUCCACCGACCCCUUGCCUCAUCUCAGCAUCAAAGACACUCCCAUUGAGACUUCAUCCGCUCAGUACAUAUUGCAGCAGUAUACAGCAGCGUCUGGGGGGCUGAAAUUGCAGAACUCUAUACGAAAUGCUUAUGCCAUGGGAAAGGUUAGAAUGGUGGCUUCUGAAUUUGAAACUGCAACUAGGGUAGUGAAGAACCGGAGUAGGUGUGCAGAGUCUGGUGGAUUUGUGCUCUGGCAGAUGGAUCCCGACAUGUGGUAUGUAGAGCUUGCAGUUGGGGGAAGCAAGGUUCAUGCUGGCUGUAAUGGCAAGCUUGUUUGGAGGCACACACCUUGGCUUGGGGCUCACACGGCAAAGGGACCUGUGAGGCCUUUGCGGCGUGCACUUCAGGGUAUUGACCCUAGAACCACUGCCAGUAUGUUUGCCGAUGCCAAAUGCAUAGGAGAGAAGAACAUCAAUGGUGAGGAUUGCUUCAUCUUGAAGCUUUGUACUGACCCUGAAACAUUGAAGGCUCGGAGUGAGGGUCCUGCUGAGAUCAUAAGGCAUGUCUUGUUUGGCUACUUUAGCCAGAAGACUGGACUUCUUGUACACAUUGAGGACUCCCAUCUGACCCGCAUCCAGUCUAAUGGGGGCGAUGCAGUUUAUUGGGAAACCACAAUCAAUUCAUUCCUUAGUGAUUAUAAGCCCGUGGAAGGUAUAAUGAUUGCCCAUUCAGGGCAUUCCGUGGUAACUCUUUUCAGGUUUGGGGAGAUGGCCAUGAGCCAUACUAAAACAAGAAUGGAAGAGGCCUGGACAAUCGAUGAGGUUGCAUUCAAUGUUCAAGGCCUUUCAGUAGAUUGCUUCAUUCCCCCAGCUGAUUUGAGAACAGCUUCUGUCAGUGAAGCUUGCGAACUUCCUCAGGAUGAAAGAGCAAAGAACUCACUAGCAGUACAUCGGGCCAAAGUUGUUGCGCUGGAGAAAUCACAUAACUGCAGCAUUGAUAGCAUGAUCUGGAAGAUGGAAAUCUAACAGACGGCAGUAGGAUCAAUUCAAGGCAAUUGUUAAUAGCAGUCACUAGUUUUUGACUACUAACGUUUAGAUGUUAGAUUAGGGGUUCAGUUGGUUCUAUGUGGAAGUUUGUUUAUGCCUCUAUAUAGUUCUGUAAAUAGAGCAUAAAAAUUCACGGGUAUUAUGCAUACAGACCUGAGUGAAUGUUUUAUUCUCAAUGCAGGAUCCAACUAUGGAGUUGGAGCUCGUUUUUCCACUUCGGAAUAGAGCAAUUUGAGGUUAAAAUUUUAGUUUACCUUCCUUGAAUGAGGGAAGGUGGUGAAGCUUUGGUAUAGUGGACCCAUUAAACUUUUGUUACUUAGCAAGUUAUCUAAGUGUCGAUGGUGGUAAUAUUAAAGAGUCUACCAUCGACCACAGCCAGUUUGGCACUAACAGCUUCUACAUGGUGUGGAAGUUCUGUGUUUGAAAAGGUAACGUGGUUGUUUUUGAUAGCCGAGAUAAUGGAGUAGAGUUACAGGGACAAUACUCAAUGUACCGAACAUCUCUUGUAAGUUUCCGGUUGUGUUAUGAUGUUAUUUUGCCAGUGCUCCUGAUAAUGAAACUGUCAGAUAAUGAAUGCUUGUGAUGGGAUAUAUGUUACUCUUCACAUUAUUUUUUGACGGAGCUGCUGUCUGACUUGUAAAUGGUAACCAUGAUUUACUCGUCGACGUUUAUUUGCAUUUGUCAUUA